UCAGGUGCUCUUCCAAAGUGAAGCAGGCUAGGUUGCCGGGUUGGUGAUGUGGUUAUUCAUAUUCUCUGUCCUUUCAUGUGUAUGUAUGCUUGCCGGUGUACAUGCCCCUGCUCACAGGACGCUGGGAGCUGGUGAAUGCGUGCGUAGAGUGUGUGUAUAUGUAAAGUAGAAACUGAACCAGGAUAACAAAAUGAACUACUGUAUGCAAGAAAUGUAUGAAGUGCACCCGGCAGCCAGCAGCAACUGCUACAUGCAGGCCACUGACUGCUACACGGAUUUGGAAGACAGUCCUGGCUACAGUGGUGGUGAUGCUCAGACGGUGCCCAAUAACAACAUAUAUAUGGAACAGGCCUGGGCAGUGAACCAGCCUUUUACCUGUAGUUACCCUGGAAACAUGUUUAAAAGCAAGGACUCUGACUUGGACAUGGCCCUGAAUCAAUACAGCCAUCCUGAACAUUUCCCUGAAGAAAAGCCUACUCUUCCUCAAGUGCAGUCGCCAUCAUACUCUCAAAAAAAAGGGUACAUUCCCAGCUACUUAGACAAAGACGAGCUCUGCGUAGUGUGUGGUGACAAGGCCACGGGGUAUCACUACCGCUGUAUCACCUGUGAAGGUUGCAAGGGUUUCUUUAGAAGAACCAUUCAGAAAAAUCUCCAUCCAUCUUAUUCCUGUAAAUAUGAAGGAAAAUGUGUUAUAGACAAAGUCACGCGAAAUCAGUGCCAGGAAUGUCGCUUUAAGAAAUGCAUCUAUGUUGGCAUGGCAACAGAUUUGGUGCUGGAUGAUAGCAAGAGGCUAGCCAAGAGGAAACUGAUCGAGGAGAACCGGGAGAAGAGGCGGCGGGAAGAGCUGCAGAAGUCCAUCGGACACAAGCCAGAGCCCACGGAUGAAGAGUGGGAACUCAUCAAGACUGUCACCGAAGCCCAUGUGGCCACUAAUGCUCAGGGCAGCCACUGGAAGCAGAAACGGAAAUUCCUGCCGGAAGAUAUUGGACAAGCACCAAUAGUUAACACCCCAGAAGGUGGGAAGGUCGACUUGGAAGCCUUCAGCCAUUUUACAAAAAUCAUCACACCAGCGAUCACCAGAGUGGUGGAUUUUGCCAAAAAGUUGCCUAUGUUUUGUGAGCUGCCAUGUGAAGACCAGAUCAUCCUCCUCAAGGGCUGCUGCAUGGAGAUUAUGUCCCUUCGGGCUGCUGUGCGCUAUGACCCGGAGAGUGAGACUUUAACCUUGAAUGGGGAAAUGGCAGUGACACGGGGCCAGCUGAAAAACGGAGGUCUUGGGGUGGUGUCAGAUGCCAUCUUUGACCUGGGUAUGUCUCUGUCAUCUUUCAACCUGGAUGACACGGAAGUAGCCCUCCUUCAGGCUGUCCUGCUGAUGUCGUCAGAUCGCCCAGGGCUGGCCUGUAUUGAAAGAAUAGAGAAAUACCAAGAUAGUUUCUUGUUGGCCUUUGAACACUAUAUCAAUUACCGAAAACACCACGUGACACACUUUUGGCCAAAACUCCUGAUGAAAGUGACGGACCUGCGGAUGAUUGGAGCCUGCCAUGCCAGCCGCUUCCUCCACAUGAAGGUGGAGUGCCCCACGGAGCUCUUCCCCCCUUUGUUCUUGGAAGUGUUUGAGGAUUAGACUGACUGGAUUCAUUCCCAUAAUUCCUACAGCACUACUGGGUGUCAUUUCAUUCCAUUGCCUCACUCUUUUUUGUUUGUUUCUUUCAUUCUCUGUGUUGGAAGGGAUUGUUUGGGGGUAAAGGGAGGUAGUCCUUGGCAUAGACGUGGAUGAAAUUGCCCUUUGAAUGAGGGUACUUGUAACUGUUGCAUUUUGUUCUCCAGUCCUUUGGUGUGAAUGCUUUGAAGGUUUUAUAGCAGAGUGGUGGGGUGGGAGACAAUCAUUAUUCCACCAGCACCAAACCAUCACCAGCUCCCAUCUGUCCCUGGUCAGAGACCUGAGAAAGCCAAAUGGCACUGCAGAAGAUUAAAGAAGCCUUAAAACAAGACAAGAUGAUAUGACCAUCUUGAUCCAGUCUGGAUUUUUUUUUUCAGGGCUCAGAUUAGUAGAGCAUAGGCCACCUUUAGUUAGAUGUGGCUUUUGGCUUUUUAGAGAAAGAUUGGAACAAAUUUUUACUAUUCAGCAGAAUGCUGUUUUCAGCACUCUUAUUAUCUCCUAGCGGCCUAACCUGGAAUGUAUGGGAAUGUUUGUGUCCUAACAAAUCAGCUGUCCUUUCAAUAUCAUUUUUGUAAUUCUAUGAUUUAAUUCAAGUUAUACAAGGGUAUUACUCAAAGAUGUGCAGGUAUUGACUGAUUAAGACCACAAGGAAAACCAUUUACUUCAGUGAGCCCAAAGAAAUUGGAAAUCUUCACCAAUGUUAGUGACUCUGCAGUUUCCAAAAAUUCAGUGGUAUUGCUUCACAGCAGGAAGGCUUCUCCAGGAAGACUUGUCCAGUGAGUUUAGGCUCACAGGGCAUUCCCACAGGAAUCAAGCCUGUUUACAGGGCAUUGUCCUGUUUCAGUGGCAUCUGACCUGUCACCUCCCAUGCUCCUGAAGUUAUUUAUCUGAACUGCGUCUUUGCUGAGCUGAAAACAGAUUUCUCUGUGGAUGAAAUCUUCUAAUCAAGGAGAGCUACAAAGCUAAAAUUUGAGCCUUGUUGGGAGGCAUUCUGGGGAGAGAUUGGCACAGUUGCGCUCAGAGUUGAAGGAAAUGCAGUACUCACAUACAAUGGUUGACGGAUGCCUCCUUCGGGUCUUCUUAAGCUUUUGUUUUAUUCAUAGAUAUUUCCUAGUCCCCUUUUCCCUCUGAUUCUGAGGCACUAAAUAGCUUGACUUUCUCUAAACAACACUGGCCAUAGCAAUGAUCCUCCUUUUUCAGCAUUACCUUGACAGAUACUCAACAAAAAUCACCUGCAGACCAUGUGUGGGGACAUUCUCUUACCUUCCCUGCCCAAUCUCCCCUCUAACAACCUACAUGGAGUAGCUGCACCCAGUAAACAAAUGACGACAUCUCAUCACUUCAACUUCAAGAAAAUGGGCAAAGAAUGUACCCACGCAACUGAAUGUAUCUCAUUCUUCACUGGCAUAGUAGAUGUAAACUAUUCCUUGCCUACCUUUUACUGCCUUAUCCUGAAAAUAUUGGGGAAAAUAAGCCAUAUCAGUAAGAUUUACCUAAAAACAAAGGAAUGAAAGUCAUUGUGAAAACCAAGUGGACUGAUUUUCUUUUAGGUUUGGUGGAGCAUAACUGGCCUAGAAAUCAGGGUGCUGGAGUUCUAGUUUGUGCUCUGCUGGCUGGUAAAUUUAAGGUCUUAGGUCUUGGUUUUCUUAUCUGGCGAAUAAGUCAUGAUCUCCAAAAUUCUUCUCACCCUCAAUAUUGUAAGAAUUUUAAAGGGGGUAUGAUGCUUAUGAUUUCUUUCAUAUUCAAAUUUCUUGCUUCAUUAGACAAAAAUAUGGCCCAUUAGCGGUUAAGAAAUGUAUAGUUGAUAUUGUUUCAAAAUAAGAGUGAUAUAAUACUUGUCAACUGUUUAGAGGAAGGCAGGACAGCCUUGGGAAAAGGAACAGUAUUGAAAAUCCCAGGUAUGACUGGAAAUAAUUGAGGAGGUGGAAGCAAUUACUGGCUUCUGGGAAAAAGAAAAGAAGAAUAUCACUAUGGAACUUGAAGAGAAUAAAAUGGUAAGUGAAGUUCAGAGGCAGAUUCCUUGCUUUGACUUUCUACAGACCAUUGGGUUUGUUGUUGUUUUUUCUAAGCAGCCCCUAGCCAGUCUCCUUACUUUGCUUGCUUUGUUCACAUCUCAGCUCCCUCUAUUGACUCUCCUUGAGGAACUCUCUCUCUCUCUCUCUCUCUGAAAAACACUUAGCACUUCUCUGCUCCAGGGUAACAAGUUUGCCAUGUUGGGCAAGUUUUCAUUCCAGAGGGAAAGGGAAGAAAGCAAGCAGAUGGGGUGCUGGACAGGAUCAUAAACUCCUGGAACAUCAGGGCUUUCAGGGAGAGGUUGUUCGUUUGCUCAACAGGUUCCCCAGGACAUCAGACACCGGAAUUCAAAGGUCAGUGUAAGCCUGAUCUCAAGUUAAAUCAGAAUACUCUGGGGAACUAACCACUAUUGGGCACUGGCCAAAUGGCACAUUCUAUCUACAGCAAGCCAGCCAGCCCCAAGCAAGGUUUGAUCCUCAGAUCCUUAAAUGAUUGCCUUAAAUAGGCAAACCACUGGUCUAGAAGUCUUGUUGAAGCUUGGAUACCUUGGACUGAAGCAGUACAAGCCUCAGAGUGCUUCAGAUUGAAAGGAAAAGUGUUAAGGACUCAAAGGAUCAUGACCCUGGUGGAGAGAAUGACUAAACUCACUCCUGAAACUGGGCUACUUAGGGCAUCUCAAGACUCAUCUCAUAAAACUCAGUUGUAAGGGAUUUGCUCCCAAUUUUUUAAAAGCAUUUUUUGUUACGUUGUCCAGACUUUCCAAUCAAAUGUGGACUUGCUGGAAGGAGCCUUCAUACCGGCCCUCACCAUGGGGGUGCAUCCCAGUCAAAGAGAACAUACACAUCCUACUGGGGUUCUUCUUUAUAAAUCACUCACUGUGGGGAUGAUUGGGGUGGGUGCACACACCGUGUAUGUGUGUGCAUGUGUACGUACAAGUGUGUACAUGUGUGUUUGUACCCUCAGGUGUACUUUGCUCUCCAACUUAGAUGUGCAGAACUUGCAGAAACUAAAAAGAGUAAGAUCUUUGCUUCUUUAUGAUUCUGCUGAAAACACCACGUGCCGCCUCAAAGCUUUUUCUAGUCAAAUGAGCCUCGGUCCUCAAUGACGCACGCACUUGAUGUGUAAUGCCUCAGCCCAGUGCUGUCCACUUCUGUGCCCCGAGUGACACCACCUCGGUCUGCAGUGCAGUCCUCAGAGAGGGCAGCCAGGCCCAGCUCUGUUCGCACAACGCCACUGUCGUUGCAGCUCCGUGAACAGGUGCACAGGUCUUGGCCCUCCUCAAC